AUGGCCUCCGGGGGGUCGGCCGCACUCGACGCGUACGACGAGGAGGCCGCCGUCCGCCGGCCCCUCGAGCUCGACGCCCGUGACGCCGCCGCCUCGUCCUCCGACCACCACCGGCCCGGUGGGAAUGUCAUGCCUAGGUAUCAAGUGGGGACGAAGGGUGAUACAAGUAGCCACUCUGAGGAGCAGAGGCAGCCUAGCACAGAUGAUGUGCGCAAGAACAAGCCCGGGUCGAGAUACUUCACGGCGUUUGGGGUGGAUCUGUCCCCUGAUAAUAUGGCGGUUGCCAUUGUAUAUUUUGUGCAAGGGGUUUUAGGUCUUGCACGGCUUGCUAUGAGCUUUUACUUAAAAGAUGAUCUUCAUCUAGAUCCAGCUGAGACUGCAGUGGUAACUGGUUUCUCGUCCUUGCCAUGGUUGAUCAAGCCCCUCUAUGGCUUUAUCAGUGAUUCCAUUCCACUCUUUGGAUAUCGAAGAAGGUCGUACCUUUUUCUGUCAGGGUUACUUGGAGCACUUUCAUGGAGUUUAAUGGCCACAGUAGUGAGCAGUAAAUACAGUGCAGCAUCCUCUAUUCUUCUUGGCUCACUUUCUGUUGCCUUCUCAGAUGUUGUAGUGGAUUCUAUGGUUGUUGAGAGAGCCCGUGGAGAAUCUCAAAGUACAUCUGGAUCACUCCAGUCGCUCUGUUGGGGAUCUUCUGCCUUUGGAGGUAUUGUGAGUGCUUACUUUAGCGGUUCGCUUGUGGAUACUUAUGGAGUAAGAUUUGUCUUUGGUGUUACAGCGUUUUUACCCCUGAUGACAUCUGCUGUUGCAGUUCUUGUAAAUGAACAUCGCAUAUCUUCUGGAGAACAUAAUACCUUACUCUCUGGUUCAGGAUUCGUUGAGAGCUCUAAGCAGCACGUCAGGCAGCUUUGGACUUCAGUAAAGCAGCCUAACAUUUUGUUGCCGACCUUGUUUAUAUUUCUUUGGCAAGCAACACCGCAGUCAGAUUCUGCUAUGUUUUUCUUCAUCACAAAUAAGCUUGGAUUCACUCCAGAGUUUCUAGGGCGCGUGAAGCUUGUAACCUCUUUUGCAUCCCUGCUCGGUGUUGGGCUCUACAACUAUUUUCUGAAGGAAGUUCCUCUAAGGAAAAUCUUUCUCGUGACAACCAUUAUAGGUUCAGCUCUUGGGAUGACACAGGUGCUUCUUGUAACUGGGCUAAAUCGGCAGUUUGGGAUUAGCGAUGAGUGGUUUUCUAUUGGUGAUUCAUUAAUCAUCACAGUCCUGGGUCAGGCUUCAUUUAUGCCAGUCUUGGUGUUAGCUGCAAAAUUGUGCCCUCCAGGAAUGGAAGCCACUUUAUUUGCAACUUUGAUGUCCAUUUCUAAUGCUGGAAGUGUUACGGGUGGUCUGGUUGGUGCUGGUCUAACUCGGAUAUUUGGGGUCACUAGGGACACCUUUGGGAAUCUACCUCUAUUGAUUGUCGUCUGCAAUCUUAGUUCACUGCUGCCCUUACCUCUUUUGGGUCUCCUGCCAGAGGAAUCAGGUGACACGGAUAAUGGAGAAACAAAGAAUAACUGA